GUACGAUAGCGGUACAUGUACUACAUUGUGACAAUUCGAUUGUCGUCUUGCUGGAGUAGGCAGCUGGCCACCUUUUUUUAAAAAUAACCUACAUAUCCAGUAUUAUUGUCUCUGUAUUUUAGUGAAAGAUGGACAUGAACUCACCGGGUGUGGAUUCCAGGACGAAAGAUGGAGCUAAGGUGGCGAAAUUUAGUUCAAGAAUGGAUUCUCUCCUAGCAACAUUGAAGCAGGAUAUUAAAGCACUUCGUUGUCAAGGAGAUCAAGUAUCCGAAACGAUGUGGAAUUUAUAUCAAACUUUUGAAGAUGUCCUUUACGAAAGAUCGACGUUUUUGUUUUCCAACGAAAAGAUAAGCGAAGAAAGCAUGGAGGACGGAGAUAGCGGGUUGCUACGGCGACGGAGGAUGGAGGCGAGGAAUGUAAUAACACCAAGUAUCUGUCACAGAGAGAGCCAUCCCAUGGCAACUUCCUUAACGACGGUAAUGGGGAAAACGAUAAAUAUGUGCCCCCACGUGCUUGGUAUGAACUUGACGACGAAGACGAUGACGAAAACGAAUACACACCCCAGAAUAAAAAUACCAGAAACGGACUGACAGAGGAAUGGAUAAAAUACGGACAUUUCCAGUUAACUGGAAAACAUUACGAAAUGACAGGCGAAAAGGAUAUACCUGAUAGAGACUCUGACACAAUACAGUAUGAUUGGGGUAGUUUUAGCGAUGACGAUGAGGUGGCGACUUUACCUUACGACUGGGAAGCCGAGGAACUCACGUGGUCUAAUAACGACAAAUCUGAGCCGCAAACUAAAAGUCACCACAAAUGUAUCGAAUCGAGGACCAAAAAGUCGUACCAAAUAGCGCCGGACAUUAUCACGUGCCCUCCAAUAAGAAAAUAGGUAGUGAGCAUAGCAACAACUAUAACAAAACAACAACCAAUAACUGGGAAACCAACACAACGCCGCUAUGGUCACGUGGCGCACACCACAGUUGUGAGAACAACACCGGAAAGAUCACGUGCAAGGAUUCAUAUAAUGGAAUGUCAAAUAGGUCGUCAAAUUCUCUCAGUCACCUAACUUCCACUCAGAGCAGUUGUAAUCAAAACAACGUCGAUAUCGUUUGUACCUGUAAACAUAACUCUGCUGUUCCAAAUAUGCGACCGUUUGAACGACCGGGUGGCAAACAUAUUGAUAAAAAUAAUAACGAAAACGCAAGUAGGACUACAAAUAAAAGGAUCAUAACUAACGGAACUUUAAGUGAUAUCAGGAAAAAGAAACAAGACGACGGAAUUGUGGGAAAUGUUAGAGCAACUGACAAAGAAUUCGACGACGACAAUAAACGAACGUUAAUGAGGGCGUUUUCGGAAAGAAUUCCGCGAGUUAGCUCCACAGUAUCGUUACCAAAUAGUAGCAAUACGUCGACACAAGGGGCGCAUAUCCAUCCAGAUAUUACACAACAUUAUAAUUAUAGACGCCACAGUAUUACGAACGUAGCCGGAAAUAGACAACCUCUCAUACUUAGUGACAUGGACACGAAUUUUACUGAAAAUGUUAUACCUAAAACCGAUGGUAUGCCAGUAAAAUUUAAUGACCUGCGAUAUCACAGAAACACAAGAGUCGAAAGUUCACCUGGUGACGGCGAUCUAGACUUGAGAGUCGGCGACAAUCGGACUGAGCUCGGGAUCGGCUCGAAUUGGGCCAAUAGAAGGACGACGUGGGAUUUAGGUGCUCAAGAUUUUGACUUAGACAGAGAGUUAGCAAAAGAGCAACACGAUCACUCAUAUUUUGAGGAAAAACGCCCACGAUUACGAACUUAUCAUGGUCCCGUACUCCCCAGUAAAAUAUA